CUCUCUAGUCGGUCCUCUUUCCAAUUUACAGUGUUGUUCUUUCUGGACAUCGUUCGAUUCCCUACCAUAGCUGCAGGACCAGCUCACAAACCAUGGAAUUCAAUUCGCUCUUACGUUUCUCUUCUCCAAAACAACGACCCUUCUCUAAACCUCAUCAUCACCACUGUUUUAUCUUGAGAAGAGAAAGAGAGAGAGAGAAAUAAAGGUGGGUUUCUCUGUUUUCCACUUUUUCUAAGCCCUUUUCAAACACAGAGAGAGAAAAAAGGUUCUUGUGGGCUACUUGGGUAUGGAAAAAGGUGAAGAAAAAGGAGAAAUUUUAGGAUUAAAGUUAAGGAGGAGGAAUGAAGGAUUCUUAGUUGCUAAAAGAGGGGGACAAAGAACUCCAAUUUUACCCUAUUGGAGAUUCCAAGAAACCGCCGCCGCCGUCGCCGUCGCCGCCGACGGUACUGUUUCUUGUGGCGCCACUCACAAUUUCAUUCUCCCAGUUCAUCAUCAUCCUUCUAUUUCCGCUAGAAAACUAGCUGCAUCUCUUUGGGAACUCAAUCAAUAUCGAUUCCCUCUUUCUAACAUGAACAACUCCGCCGCCGCCGCCGAUAACGGCCAUCUUCCAAGACUCCGCCGUCUACACAACCACCGCCGCCGUCAGGAUAAACCCUUAUCAUCCCCUUCUUCCCCCGAUCUUGGAAGUGCAAGUACUUUGAAGAGACAUAUAGCUGCUUCUUUGAUACAACAUCAUCGAUCUGUUGAAAGGAGUAAUCGUGCAAUUGCUAUUCAACCUGUUUCUCCUGCUAGUUUUUGUAGUAGUUCAAUGGAGGUUACGCCUUAUAAUCCAGCUGCAACUCCUAGUAGUUCUUUGGAUCUCAAAGUCGGUUAUAGCUUGAAAACAUCAACAGAACUUUUGAAAGUAUUGAAUCGAAUUUGGAGUUUGGAAGAACAGCAUGCAGCUAAUAUGUCUUUAGUGAAGACAUUGAAGAAGGAGCUUGAUCAUGCUGUAACCAAGAUCAAAGAAUUGGUGAAAGAACAACAAUUGGAUAAGAACGAGAUUGAUGGAUUGAGGAAUCGGAUUGAAGAAGACAAGUUAGCGAGGAAGGACAAGGAGCAGGAUCGAGUUAAUGUGAGGCAGGAAUUGGAGGACGAAAGGAGAUUAAGGAAACGGUCGGAGACUCUUCACAGGAAAAUGAAAAGUUCGAUUUUGAAUGUUACUAAAGAUAUAGAAAACGAGAGGAGAUCGAGAAUUCUGUUGGAAGAACUAUGCGACGAGUUUGCUUUGGGUAUAAGGGAUUACGACCAAGAGGUUCACUCUUUGAGACAUAAAUCUGAUAAGAACCGUAAUCGCGAUCGCUCGAUUCUUCACAUAUCAGAAUCGUGGAUAGAUGAACGAAUGCAGAUGAAACUCGGAGAGCAACAACAACGACAGUUAACUGUUGAAAAACUGAGGCCUGAAAUCGAGACCUUUCUUCAAUCUAGGAAAGAUCAAAAGGUGCAAAAUCUGCGUAGAUCAUCUCUCGAAUCGUUCCCUCUGAAUGCUGCUAUCAGUGCUCCUCAAGCUGCAAUCGAUGACGAAUCCAUUGGAAGUGAUUCACAUUGUUUUGAACUCAAUCAGAAAUUACCUAUUAGAAUUGUGAAGAAUCCGGAAAUCGAAGAAGGCGAGGGGUCAAAGUCAACUCACGUAAUUGGGGAUUUGAUAAGAAGUCAACAGUUUACGCCAGAAACGACAAAACCUGAUUGGAGGAUGCGGGCCAGUCCAGUCAGAGAGUGGAAACCGACACUUCCAUCUCGAGAUAAUGAGAUAUCGGUGUCGAGUUCGAAAUUGCCUCCGGAAUUGAAAGAGAACACCUUGAAAGCAAAGCUCAUGGAGGCGAGAUCGAGGGGCAGGCAGAUGUCGAGGAUUAAAGGUUCGAAAUCAAAAGUUCAGUUGUAAGUGCAUUUUGUUUGUAUUUUCUAGUUGUCUUGUUUAUUCAAAUUAUAGUUUUU